AUGGAGAACAUGCAGAACACCUCUUUCAUACGGGAGUUAGCUUCCAGCGAUAAACGGGUCCGCGACAAGGCACUGGAAUCCCUAACCCUCUUCAUCCGCAGCCGGAGAGAUCUACAACUUGUUGAGCUAUUGAAGAUAUGGAAGGGGCUUUUUUUUUGUUUCUACCACUCCGACCGCCCUCUAACCCAGCAAUCCCUCGCCCGUUCCCUCUCCUUCACCUUGGUCCACUCUCUCCCCGAGCAAACUCUCCAACCCUUCCUCCGCGCAUUCUGGAUAACAAUGUCGCGCGACUUUCACUCUCUGGACCGACUGCGGCUAGAUAAAUAUCUCUAUUUAAUACGGUGCUAUGUUGGGGUUGCAUUUGAGAUUUUCUUGGCAAAGAGAUUGGUGGGGGUGGCGGGGAGGGAAGGAAAAGAGCAGAAAGAGAAGGGAAAUAGUGAGGGCAAGGUUAAGAGUAACGAGAGGGGGGGGUUAGGGAAGAGGAAAAGGGGCGAAGGAACUGAUGAAGAUAAAGGGGUAAAUGAGUCUGAGUCUGAGGCGGUAUUGGGAUCCUGGAAGGAGUUAGGAAUAUACCUCGACAUGCUAGAAGAAGGCCCGCUGAGCCGAGUUAAUUUCGAUCCGGAUAGUAACGAUGCCACAGAAGAUCCGACUGUGCAAAUGCAUAAAGGACCCGACGGCUUGCGGUAUCAUUUGUUGGAUAUUUGGCUGGAUGAGAUUGAGAAAGUUGCUGUCGUUGAGGUUGAGGCUGAGGAUGCGCUGAUGGGGGGUGGCAAUGAGAAUGAUGGAAAUGGAGGGGAGGGAGAUGCGCAGGAUACGACAUCAACGGCGAAGGCGAAUAAGGAAAAGAAGAAGCAGCUAAAAGAGGGGGUGCCGAUGGAACUUCUUCUUCGUCCGAUUGUUAGAUUGAAGGAAAAGAGUAUUUCGAAAAUGAUUAGGAAGCGGGCUGGGGAUGUUUUGGAUGAUGAGAGGUUGGUGGAGUGGGGAGUUAGAGAGAAGAAGCGGGAGGACGAUGAGGAGGUGGAUGUGGAAUGGGGUGGGAUUGAUGAGUGA